AUGUUUCGUAUUACGCAAAAUACGUAUCUACGUGAAAAUUCUGUUUCGUAUAUUUUCAGUCAGCCACUGUACGUGGCUAUAAUCCUAAAGGAUAGACGCAGUUUUCCACGAGAAUCUCUCCGAAUGCGGCUCACAAAAGCAUCCACUUUGUUGAGGCAAUACGGAGAUGACGGUGCUGUGAAAGCUCUACGAAUCGAGGAUCCGACUACGAUCUACAUGGAAAGAUUCAAAGGGAAAAGACCCAGACAUCUUAGGAAGGUGAUCCCCUUUGUGAAAAAGCAAUUGUAG